AUGGCUCAACCAAACAAAUAUGAUCGCGAAGCGAUCCUAACAAACACUUCGCUUCCAGAGGUUUACAACAAGCUGGUCGAAUUGGCCGAAGAGUUCUGUGUACUCGGUGAAAUCAAUACCGCCAAAGGCUUAGUAUCACUGCUCCUCCAGGAUACUACCUCAGAUUGGCAACGCAAUCAGCGCCAUCAUUUUGAGCCAUACUUUGCGGCUGUCAACAUAUGGCCUGACGAAAUCCCAGAGAAGGAGAGAAGUGAAGCAGCAUCUGAUAAGACUGCAACCAAGCAUGCCCUUGACACCGACGAUGUCGAGGAACAAGAUGACAAAGGGAACUUCCAGGAGCAGAUAAAGAAGGUCCAUGAAUAUGGCGCGGACGCUUCAAUCUUGGCUGAUGCUCUAUCCACUGCCUUUAGGUUGGCCUUAAAGCAGACCUCCGACCUGGACGAAGUCCAGAACGACCCGAAAGUUCAAGAAGUUCUCGAACUCCUCGCCCAGAACUUAUACAAGGAAGGGAUCAUCUCGCGCCUGGCUGGACGACAUGAACUCAGUGGACUGCUAGCUACAUGCGUAUUGGCUAGAAAAGUCCCCGUUGAUAAAAAGAAGAUUGAGAAUCUUGGGCAAGAGGUCAUUGAAACGUUCAGGGAGCGCUUUAUCAAUGGUCGAAGACCAUUGGGCAUAGAGUCCAAACCAAUGAAAGAAGUGCUCCUGGAGCUUGAACGGAACACGAAGCCCAGAUCCCUCGGCUUCUGGGAAGAGAUGGAACAAGAGCCCCCGGAAACACUCUUCAAUCUGCCACCGGCUACAGAUGAGCAGAUCACAUCGCUCGAGGAGAGACUCAAAGUCACACUACCAGAUGACUACAAGGAGUUUCUGAAGAUCACCAAUGGUUUUGGAGGUACAUGGAACGGUUUUCAUCUUGAUCCCCCUCUCCAUGGCGUCGACGACGUCCAAUGGUCUGAUCCGUUACUUGAAAUCUCUUUCCUUGAGUUUCACGAGAAUAUCAGCGGUGUAAGUGAGCUGAAACUACCAGAGAGUGACGAGUGGCCAAGUUCCGGUCCCACCAUUGAAAUUGGUCGUGAAGAUGUUCUCGGAAUUCUUUUAAUCACGCCCGACUAUACAAAGGGAGUUUUGGAGGCAUAUGACGCAGCAUUCAAGGGCUCGGAUACUUCGGAAGAUAACAAGAGACAGAAUAUGAAAGUCAUUGAAGCACGACAUGGAAGCUAUGAAGAGAUGAAGAAGUUGGAAUGGGCUACUAUUGAGUUUCAUGAUUCGGAGGACAUUCCAUGCGGGACGUUUCGGCAGUUUCUUGAGAACAGAUUGCGCAGAACAACGACUGUGGGGUUCCCGGACGAAAACUCAAAGGAGGCUGGAAGUCUGGCUUAUAGCUGCUUGGCUGAUAAUUCUUAA